CUGAGGCAGGUAGAAUUACAAGACCUGUGAGUAACGACAGCUCUCCUGCGUGGUACAACAGGAGAACAAGACUCCUAUUUGCAGUUUGAGUUGAUAGUAGAUUAAUUACGGUUUACUCUGAGCAUUGCCUCGCUUUUGUAACGUUCUAACUGAUAUUUGAAGGGCAUCUCGGUGUUGUAGGGGAGCUACCUGAAGCCGGAACUUCGAAGCGGACGGUGUGUGGAAAGCCGGGCACUUUAUUGGCAUCCCAGCGGGUGAUGCCAUCAUCAUGCCAGGAGAGGAGAGCCCCCCUGCAUCCGCGCCCAUCACCCUGGAGACCAGCACCCUAACACCCGUACCCAUCACCCUGGAGACCAGCAGCCUAACACCCGUACCCAUCACCUGGGAGACCAGCACCCUAACACCCGUACCCAUCACCCUGGAGACCAGCACCCUAACACCCGUACCCAUCACCUGGGAGACCAGCAGCCUAACACCCGUACCCAUCACCUGGGAGACCAGCACCCUAACACCCGUACCCAUCACCCGGGAGACCAGCAGCCCAGGGUCCAGAGACCUGGAUGGGACACUGCCACCCUCCUCCUCCCCCCCUCCGCUCCACCCUGAAAGGCUGGACCUGUACCUGGAGCCCACCAGGGCACUGAGCCAGCCGGACAGCCCAAAGGAGUGGCCCUGGCCUGGGCCCCUGUGCCAGGAUGGGUCCCUCUCUCUGGAGGGCCAGCUGGAGCGGCGCUGGCUGCAGUGGUAUGAGUUUAUGACCGAUCGUUCUCACCUGGAGGACUGGCUCCAAAGGGCCGAACAGACGGCCGCCGCCCCUAACACCUGUCACGUCCCACACGCUGUCGCCAAGGAGGAACUCAACAAGUUCCAGGCCCUGCAGGCUGAGUGUCAGACUCGCGUGGCCCAGCUGGACUCUCUGACCCUGCGGAGUCGCUCCCUGCUGCGCCUCUUUGACGGAGCCAUGCGGGCACGGCUGGUUGCCAUGACGAAGGACUGCAGCCAGCGCUGGGACCGCCUCACCGAGGCUGUCGAGUGCAUUUGCCGACGGCUACGGCACUGCGUGUCCCAGAGGGAGGCGUUUGACCGCCAGCGGGAGGACAUGGGCAUUUGGCUGGCAGACAUGGACCUGCAGCUGACCGAGGUCGAGCACUGCUCCACCAACACUACCCUCACCAAGAUGCACCAGCUCCAGAGCUUCCAGGAGGCUGUGGCGGAGAACGCAUCGCGCCUAAGUGGACUCCUAGAGUUGGGCGAGGCUCUGAUCCAGCGCAGCGAGCCGUGCGACGCCCAGACCAUCGAGAGUCAGCUGCAGGAGCUGCUCCUCUACUGCGCACACGUGUUUGAGGGAGUGGGCCGUCUACACACACGCCUGCUCAGUAUGAGACUGGUGUUUGAGGAGGACUGGGCUUUGGCUUCACAUGUGGACUCCGGGUGCCCGUCAGAAACGGCCCCUGAUGACGAGGAGCCCUGUGAUUGGACGAGCCCCUCCAAGCCCAAGGCCGGCCCUGUCCACUCCUCUCCGGACCACCUCCUGCUGGAGUGGGACCCUUCAGUGGACAUUGGCGGCUCCGUAUCCCACGACGACGCAGACUCCUGCUACUUCAGCACCAUCACAGGCGGGACUCUGGUGGAGGAACUUCUGGACCGAAUCACCGCUGGCAGGAGGAAAUCUCGCCUGAGCUCCAACGGUCCUUGCCAGCAUGCAGCACCCAAGGAGACUUAUCAGACUGACUCGAGCUACUUCCUCCUCACACAGGUGUGUGCGAGCAGAGGUGAGGGCACCGUGCCAGUCCCACGAGCACCUGCGAUUACUCCCUCAGGCCUUAGUGACCGCAGCAGUGGCAGUGAUGGUGGUAGUGAUGGUGGCAGCAUCCACGAGCGACAUGCCCUACGCCACACCUCCACCCCCGCCCCCGCUGGACCCGGGCGCGCUCCAGAGCCGGUGACCUAUGACCCGGAGCGCAUCAGCGCGUGGCUGGGUCAGGCGGGGUGCCAUAUUGCCAAGGCACCCGAGAGAGGGCCCUUCUCCAAGUCUGUCCAAACGGAGGACAUUUUGGAGGACCAGGCAUGUGCCGCCCUCCACACCCCCAUCCAGCCAGCCAUGUCACGUGACUUCUCGCUCCACUCUGAUUGGACGAGCCCCUCACAUCCCUCCCAGUCACAGCGUCUGGAGGAAGGGCCCUUCUGCCCUGACCAUCAGGCGGAUGAAGAGGAAGAGGAGGAGGAGGAGGAGGAAGAAGAGAGGCCCCUUCUGAAACCCUGUGCCUCCUGGUGGUCGGAGGUCUCCGCUGCGCGGCUGCGAGGUUCCCAGGGUCCUGUUUGUGCUGCUCGGCUUCCUGCUGGUCGUCCUGCUGGGGCUCGGAGUGGCCGCCUGGUACCCCGAGGUGGCUGUCACCGUGCCAACGGACAGACGCGCUCCUUCCACCUGGCACUGCGCUAUGUCAAUGGACCCCCGCCCACCUGA